AAAAAAAAAAAAAGAUAAUUUUAGAAUAUGUUCAGAGCAGUGUAUAUUUAUUCAUAAAAAAUAUGAAUCUCCUUUAAAACAUAAAAUAAAAUAUGAAGAUGAAUCGUACAUAAUGAGAGUGAAUGUGUACUGGAGAUUAUCUCCCGCAACUGCCAUUCCAAGCUUCUCUUCUGCGUGCUUCAACUCCAAAAUCCUCACGGACAACUACCAUUCAGCACUCUCUCUCCCUCCAAGUCAUGCUUCCACGUCCCAGCACAAUAUGAUAUCUGUCCAAUGUUUCAAGUACCAUAAUAAUACCUCCCAGUCUUCUCCACCUACCUUUCAACUUCAAGCUUUUUCGAUUUGCUUGCCAUUUGCCAUCCAAUUUUUCUGUGAGUUUAGAUUAUUCUUUCUAGUUUUUCUUUGACGGUUUUUUACUCAUUUGUUAUGUCUUGACUUGUUUCCAUUCCCGUAUUUCUUCCUUCUCUUUAGCAUACUGGCAUAGGAAUUCUUGAUUCAUUUAAAUACAAAUAGAGCAAGUAAUUGUGGUGAAAUAUCUCAUAAUUGUUGCGUAUUAUAGAUAUUUCUGAGAGAAAAUAGAGGGGGAGACUUUUCUUAUUGUUCUUCUCAACCGGCAAUGGAGGAGUUCUCAAAUGGGCAAAUUGAGGUGGCCCAGAAAGUGGAAACAGAUGAAGAAGACAACAGAGGAGUUGCCAAAGAAUUUGAGGAACUGAAACCUGAAGUUGAAUCUGUGAGAGAAAUUGUUGUUGAUAGGAAUUCUGAGUCUUUCAAAGAAACUCAUGAUGUGCUGAGUUCUGAUAGCAGCAACGGUCCAGAGGAAGAGGCGGAAGCUAAAGAUCAGAGUCUUUCAGCAAAGGAUUCAGGGACAUUAGAGGAGGAGGUGAAGAAAGAUGUUACUGACAUCAUAAUCGAGUCAGCUGAGUCUAUUGUGCCUUUGCCACAAGUACUCUCUUCGACUACAGAAACAUCAAUUGAGAAAUCACAGGAGCCUGAUGUGACUGAAGUGGAACAAAAAGAAAUUGAAGUGAAAAUCUUCCCGUCUUCGAAUGAGACCAAUGAGAAGACAACUCUGGAUGAGACUGAUGGAGGUGUAUCUGAAGUGGUGUCAGAUGGAUCUAAGGAAACAAGGCUGCCAUCUUCUGAUGAUAAACGUGAUUUAUCUGCAAUUGCAACAGAUAGGGUAUCAGAAGGAGUUGAGGAAGCAAAAGUGAUAGCUUUGGAGGAGAACACUGGGGAGCCCUCUGGCUUUGUUGAUAAAGAAUCCGAGGAAAAUACUGAUGAUUCACUGAAGCCAUCAAACAAUGCUACUAUUGUUGGCAGUAGUGAUGGUUUCCCUGAGAGCAAAGGAAAUCCACAUGUUACAUCUCUUAGUCAGCGCACCCUGCAACGUACAUCUUGGAGGAGUUGCUGUGGCCUUUUUGAAGUUCUCCGGCGCUCAAAUCGAUGAAUCAAGGUAUAUGUUUAACUGGCAUAAUUAUUUCCUGUGCGAUGUGUAGAACAAUAGCCUGGAACCCUUUUAUCUGUACCAUGAGUUUUUGUCAAGGGACUAAAUUGGUUCGACACUGAAGCAUCUUAAGAAAGAAGUUUUUGUGGGGUUGGGGGAUUAAAAUUGAGCUACGUAAAGGUGCCAAUCCAGGAUAAUCCAAUCUAGCUUUUCAUAGAAUUUUCGUAUUUGUCGGGUUUUUAUAAGCUUAUUAAUUGAGACAGACAUUUAUCAUGUGAAAAUUCUGUCAAGCGAAAAAGGCCAGGCGGAAACUUUCACUCUUGAACUCUUCCAGCAUUGUUUCAAUUUUUCAACAUUACAUAGCAUCAAAAUGAGCAAAGCUAUCUUGCUGUUUCCAUCUUUGCUUUCAAGCUACCAUCUUUAAUGAACUUUUCUAGUCAUUAGCACAGCACACGCUGUAGUGUCUGGUAGUUUUACUGUCUACUUGAAAGAAAAUUGUUCACCUGGAGUGUACUAAAGAACAGAUCAACCUAACACAAUAUCCAGAUCCUCAUAUAGUUGGGCUUGACAUUCGCCAUUUUAUCACCAGUGGUAAAAUUGGAGAUGGACAUUUAUUUGAGUUUUGGUUUUUCAGUUAAAGUGUAUGGAUCUUCUAGAAAUGUAUUUUGUACUUUUGGAUUCUUCUAAAAGAUUUCACGUUUCAGGGCACUUGGUCGAAA